AUGAAUAUGUAUCUAUCUAUCUAUGAAUAUGUAUCUAUCUUUGAUCAAAUACCUAACUAUAUAUGUUCAACUAUUUCAGUUCAAAUUAAUUUUCACCUAUAUUUAUGCCCAACUAUUUACAUCUGUUUAACCAUUUUUCGUUUCUCUAUCUAUCUAUCUAUCUAUCUAUGUAUAUCUAAUAUUGAUCUAUUUAUUAUCAUUACUAUCUCUGUCUGUCCAAAUAUUUAUCUAUCUCUGUCUAUCUUCUGGAAUAUCUAUCUACCUCUGUUCAGAUUAUCUAUCAUACUCACUGAGUGUUCAAAUAUCUAUCUUUCCACAUAUCUGUCUGUUCAAAUAUCUAUCUACCUGUGUCUCUUCAAAUAUCUAUGUAUCUAUCGCUGUCUGUCCAAAUACAUAUCUAUUUAUCUAUCUGCCUGUCUGUUCAAAUAUCCAUCUAUAUAUACCUGUCUGUUCAAAUAUCUCUCUAUCAACCUCUGUCUGAUCAAAUAUCUAUCUACCACUGAAUAUUGA